AUGGCGACCAAUUUCUCGGCAGUUAUCUGCCACGGCUAUUACCAUACCCCGGGACCCUACCAAAACAUCAUUGACACUUUCAAUUCACGGGGGAUUGAAGCAUAUUGCCCGCAGCUUGCCACAUCAGAUCUCUCUAAACUAAAUGUCGGUGAUGUAGCGCAUCCAAACUUCGAUCUUGGACCACCAACAAGCGGAUAUCCUACUGGAGAGGACGAUGUGGAGAUACUCUUGAAUCUUUUCAGACAACUUAUAGAAAAGGAUGGCAAGAGAGUUCUGCUGAUCGCUCAUUCGGCGGGCGGCUGGGCUGCAACACAAGCAGCUAUUCCCGAGUUACAAGCGAAGACACGGUCUGGGAAAGGACUUAGUGGAGGUAUCAUUGGUAUCUUCUACUACGGAGCAUUCAUCAUUCCAGUUGGAGAGUCCAUCCACAGUUUCUUCCAGCCAAAGGAUGCACCGGCUAUCGUGCCGUCGUGGUUGAAAUAUCACGCUUAUGGCCCAGAGGGCCUAGGCACUCUAUUCUCUCCAGAAAAGUUCAUGUUCAAUGAUCUCAAUCCCGAAGAAGCUGCAAGAUGGACGAGGACCCUCACAGCAUCGCCACCAGCCAUCGUGAAGCUCACCAACGAUGCAUACAUGUCACUACCAUGCGCCUACCUUGUGUUAGAAGGGGACCAGACCCUUGCUAAGGAGUACCAAGAGGGUAUGGUGAUGCUCCAGGCAAGCAAGACGGGCGAAUUCAAGAUGUACCGUUGUCCAGCAGGACACAGUGCUCAUCUGAGUUGGACAAGCGGACUGGUUGACACAGUGCAGGAUUUUAUGGGUAACUUAAAUCAGCAAUAG